AUGAAAGCUAUCGGCUUGCUGUUUGUAAUCGGAACAUUUACAUCGUAUUUAGUUGAUGGACAUAUUCGGUUAACUUAUCCGAAAGCAAGACAAUAUGAUUUCGAUUUUUUAACUAAUCUUACCACGAAAAGUCCCUGUGGAAUGCCAGAAAAUGCCAUGAAAACAACUUUCAAGACUAAGCUAAUAACUGGUUCCAAUGUUGAUGUAACAUGGCAUAUGGCUUUAUCGGAUUGCGGCGAUUUUAAAAUUCAGCUACUAUUUCUUAAUGGAUCGAUUGCAUAUGAAUUGGCGCCUAAUAGCAAUGCCAAUUCUAAUCCAGCGAAAAAUAUCUCAAUCGUUCAAAAUUACACUAUUAGUUUGCCUAAAGAUUUUUCUUGUCAACAUUGUAUUAUUCGCUUAAUUCAUUAUGGUGCCGAUAGGAAUUUUUAUCCUAGUCCCUACUCUGUUUGGAGUUGUGCUGAUGUUGAAAUUGCUAAAUUUUCAUGUCAUGAACUUAACUGUUAUAACGAUGGCAUCAUAAAUCAUCAUUGUACUAAUAAUUUGCCAUUAUGUUUCUGUACUAACAAUACUGCAACUGGCGAACGCUGUCAGUACCAAUAUGAAUGUCAAAAUGAAGCAGAUUGCAAUAAUAAUGGUCGUUGCUUGAUCAUUAAUCAAAAUUAUAACUAUCCACUCAAACAGUGCUAUUGUUUACCUGGUUUUUACGGAUAUAAAUGUUCUAAAGUCUCCUCAUUGACCGUUGCAAUGCCAGAUGAUGUCUCAAAGCAUACUUAUUCCGAACUAGAUUCAAACAGUCGAAUUUGGUAUAAAAUAAUACGCCAGAGUAAUGAGAUUGAAGUUAUCCACCAAGCUAAAACUAUGAGCUGGCUGGGAUUGGGUUGGCGUCCACGUGAAUUAAAACAAUCGUGUCAACUUUUCCCAGCUGGAGCAGCGCAAGGAUUAUUAAUUUCACCAAUUAACUCACAACCAAAUAGUCAGACUGAUAAACGGGUAAAUCACUCCAUGGACUGUAUGGAUAUGGUAAUUGGGAGUGCUCGAGGUAAUUUAUUUCGUUUAUUCGAUUAUUAUUCGCGCGAUCGUAGUUCACCAAGGGAGGAUUCAUUUUAUCAAGGUAGUGACAGCUUAACAGCUGCUGUCGGCAUUGAAAUUAAUGGUAUCACUACAUUGCGAUGGCGUCGAAAUUUAGUAGCUAAUGAAAGUAGUGAUCAUAACAUAACCAAUAGCAUUAUGGAUAUUAUUUAUGCAUAUGAUGCAAAAUUGCCCCAAUCUCUUCAAUUCCCAUCAGGUUCUCAGAGUAGUCCACGACAAGAUAAUUAUUAUGAUUUGGAUGAGUUAAAGUAUCACGGCAUGACUAAUCGCGGAAGACUAUCGCUGAAUUUUUUCGACGAUGCACGGCUCCAUACAAGUGCAUGUUCAGGUAGUUGGAGCACCCAAUGCGGUAGUGGUGAGUGUCUUAAUCAAUUAACCUGGCAGAUAUAUGGUGACGGAACAAUCCAUUUUGAAAUGGCGUCUAAGACCAAUAAAUGGAUUGCAUUAGGUAUUUCACAUGAUAAAAAGAUGAAUGCUUCUGAUGCCAUAGUAGGAUGGUAUGCUUACAAUAAGCCAACUAUAACAGAUCGAUAUAUCAUAAAUACUAUACCAAUUAUUGACAUUCAAGAUAAUGUCUAUUUAAUUAACGGAUCUCAAAUAAACGGUAUCACGACGUUGGGUUUUGCUCGUAACUUAACAACCACUGAUCGUAUUAGUGACAUCAGUUUACAAGGAUGUCAUUAUUUCUUUUAUGGAGUAGGAGGCGAUUUUGAUCCUGGAACGAAAAUUAUAUCAAAGCACCCAACGAUACCUCAUAUAACUAGUCGAAAGAUUUGUAUCAAUGGUAGCCAAUGUUUACAACAUAAGGCUCCAAAGUUUGAAAAGUUAACUUUAAAGGCUUGCUCAGGCCAAUGGAGAACUGGAUGUUUUAAUGGAGAUUGCCAGAGUCGAGUGAAUUGGAAUGUAUAUAAUGACGGAACUAUUCAUUUUCAAAUGAAGUCGAAAACCGAUAAAUGGGUUGCUCUUGGCUUUUCUUAUCAGGAAAAAAUGCCCAAUACAGAUGCUAUCGUUGGCUGGUAUUAUAAUAGCACGCCAACAUUAAUGGAUAGUUUUAUUGAUGGCUAUAAAACACCAAAGGUAGAUGCUAUCAACGAUGCUUACCUUAUCAAUAGUUCUAACAUUAAUGGCGAAGUUACUUUCAAUUUCUAUCGUCAUAUUAUUACUGGUGAUUCACAAGGGGAUACUAUUUUAUUUGGCUGCAACCAUUUUUUCUUAGCAGUUGGUGGCGAUUUUAAUCCUGAUACUGGAAUUUUAAGUAAACAUCCAUUAAAGCCAAGCAUUACAUCGGAAAUUAUUUGUAUCUUCCCAAGCAUAUGCUCAGAUGAUAUUCCACCCGAUGUUGGUGCUCGAAAAGAUAGUCUUGUCUUUGAUAAUUGUUCCGGUAGUUGGAUUACUGGCUGUGAUAUUGGUAUCUGUCAGAAUCAACUCAAUUGGAAAGUGUAUAAGGAUGGCCGAAUUGAAAUAACAAUGGCAUCAAGAACUGAUCGCUGGAUUGCUAUGGGUAUAUCUGACGAUCGCCAUAUGAAUAAUUCUGAUGCUAUCGUGGCAUCGUUCUUAAAUGAUGCUCCUACAAUUUAUGAUCGCUAUCUAACAGUUAAUACUAGCAAUCACUAUGCGCAGAUGGAUUCUCAGUACAAUCAAAAUGUCUUUUUAAUAAGUAGUUCGAUUAUUGAUGGUCGUGCCACUUUUCGUUUUUAUCGUAAUGUGACUACUAACGAUACAGAAACAGAUAUCAGCUUAGAAGGAUGUCAUUACUUCUUUUUCGGGAUCGGUGGUGUCUUUCGGCCAGGUGGUGAAAUUACAAAGCAUUGGUCAACGCCGUUUAUAUCAUCGCAAAAAAUCUGUAUUACCAGCAGCCAAUGUUUGGAUAGUCCUCAUGUUAAUGCUGCUCAUAGGCCCGACUACGGAAAUUAUAAAUUAAUAACGCUUAUUGUUGCAGCUUUAGUGGUGUUAUUAUAA